AUGAUUUCAUGGAAGUUGUUGAAGUACGGCGUCGCCGAACUCAAAACCCUAGGUAACGAACUACUCUCAUCAGCCUCUAACAUCAACAACCUCCCCCUUCUUCUCACCUUCGUCUCACCUUCUUCUCCACCUCAACACGUCCUUGAAUCGCUUCUCUCUCUUCAUUCUUUCUUCCUCCCUCUCCUCCCUCAACUACCUUCCUCCUCUGCCACUGCCAACACCUCCUCCUCCGACAACGCCGAUGCCGACCAGUCUGAGUUCAUUUACCUCACUUGGCUCCGUUCGAAGUUCGAUGAGUUUCUUAAAUCUCUGAUAGAUGUUCUUGUAUCGGAUCAAUCUGAUGAAACUCUGAAGGAAGUUGUGUUGGAUACGUUGAUGGAGUUUGUGAAGGUUGCUAAUGGCGGCACCUUUCAUUCUUCGUUGUAUAACAGAAUUAUCAGUAGUAUUAUUCACUCUGCUAGUUCUGCUGAAUUUUUGAUUGAUUUACUAACAUCAAAGUAUUUCAAGUAUAUUGAUGUCAGUUAUUUUACAUUCAUAAGUCUAGAAAAGCUAGCUAGAAAUUUGCAGGGGAAAGAUGUUUCAGAUGAUAAAACUGCAAGUGUAGAUGGCAAUGAUGAAAGUCAAUUGAGCUCAAAUAUUGAGGGUGUCAUCCACAAUAUGUACUAUGCCAUUUCACAUGUCCCCUUUCUUGAAAAACCUGAUGAUAAAUCUGAUUUUGAAAUGUGGAGUGUAUCAGAGAGUGAUCAUAAAGUGCUUUCUGGAGAUCUGGAUGAUAAGCAGCUCAAGUCCAAGAAGCAUAAAAGUAAUGUAUUGUCUGCAGCCAGAUUUGCCAAGAAGAUGAAGUUAAAAUUUACCAAAGCUUGGAUUGCGUAUCUUAGAUUGCCACUUCCACUUGAUGUGUACUGA